AUGAACAGGGAGCAGAGAAGCGAGGGGAGGAAGAACGUGGGGGCGAUCCUGCACAGGUACUACGGGCUAGAGGGGCGGAGUGAAAAUGGUCAGCAGCACGAGGAAGAAGUAGGUGGAGUGCUUAGAAGUGACGAGGCAAAGUUGAGUGGCGCGAAGGAAAGAGAACCCCGCAUGGUGUGGAAAUCUCAGAAGAGCGGCAGCCAUAUGUGCGGGGAGGAACCCACAGACGCGAGCGACUCAGAGGAGCUAAACCAGAAAAGCACCGAUUUUAACGUCAGCGAGUACUUUAAGAAGCUCCUAGAAAAGGCAUCCCUAAACGAUUUGAUACAAAAGGCAAAACACAUAGAAAAGGAAAUUAAGCAAAAUGAUAACUUCAUGCAGUCAGUGGUGUAUAACAAUUACAGCAAAUUUAUGGAAGCAGCAGACACCAUCAUAAAUCUGAAGAACUCUUUUGGAAAUGUUAAAGAGAAAGUUGGGGAGAUAAAUGAGCACUUGAGUUUUAUAGAUAAUCACUCCCAUUUGGUGAACAACCGAAUUGGUAAAAAUUAUAAGAAAAUUAAAAGUUUGCUUCAUAUUAAGGAGCUACUCAAUGGGGUACACACCAUCAUGAGUAUCCCCAGGAGGAUGUUUCGUUUUAUCAUUUUUGGGGACUACACCCAAUCGUUGCAGCUCUUUAUCGAGGCGGUUCCUUUUUUCCACCAAAAUAGAGGCAGGCGUAUUUUUAGGGACCUUUAUUUGGAUUGCGAAAAUUUGGCCUCCAUUGCGUGUUACUACUAUGAGGAGCAGCUCCGGAGGGGUGUCCCCCCCAACGUAGGGGAGGAGACCCAGCGUGGGGAGGACACUCAGCAUGGGCAGCUCACUCAGCAUGGGCAGCUCACUCAGCAUGGGCAGCUCACUCAGCAUGGGGAGCUCACUCAGCAUGGGCAGCACCCCCCCCACCUAGCGGGGAACUCCCCGGAAGAAUUUUUUAACCACCUCUGUGAGCGAGUCAUCCCAAACGAACAAGUCACCUCCACCCUCUACCUAUUUUUGGCAUAUGGGAAGGACAAAAAGGAGGUGCGAAAUGUGUUUAUACGAAACAGACUUGCAGCGAUGAAGUACCUACUGUGUGAAAUUGCCAAUUGGGGGAGCUACCUCCAGGGGGGGACCACCAAAGAGGGAGAGGCUGAUAGCCAGUCUGCGAAGGGGAUGGAGAAGCAGCACGCACGUCACACCGGUGAGAGUGCCCCCAACGAUGAGGGCCAUAACGGGGUGUUCAAAACGGUGCUACAGUUGGCCUACACGAAAUGGCUAAAUUGUUACUUCACCAUGAUACGGAGCUAUGAGCAGCUAUUUUUGCGAGACUUUUAUUCUGUGGGUGAUGAAACCGGAAUGAAGGGAAGCGGGAAGGUGGAAGCUCUUGGUGGUAUCCCCCGGUUGAGGGCCUUGAUGAGGAAGCUGGGUGCGACCACCGCUGAUGUGAGGGGCAAAGCGGGGGCUCUUCCCACCAACCCGUCCGCCCACGUAGUGGGCGCAGGCCAAGCCAAUUACGAUAAGGAAACAAACAGUGGUGACAAUGCACCAAACGGGGGAACCCCCCCCUCGGUCGACUGGCAGGAGGAGCACCUGGAGGCCCUACUGAGCACGGACGACGACGGGGAGGUGGUCGAACUGCUGACGAAGAUUCUCUUCAAGCUUCUGCAGGACCUGACGGUCGACCUCAUAUGCAUGUUCAACCCCCCGGUGAAACUCGUGGCGCGCUGCGUGCGGGUGCUGCAGGAGGGGGUGAUCAGCGAAGCGGCGAGCGAUGCGGCGAUGAGCGAAGCGGAUAAUCGAUCCGUGAACCGUCUUGGCGCUCACCUUCGCAGCACCCACGUCAGUGACGGGGGAACCGUCCCCCCCUUGAUGGAGGAGUUCCUCAGGAGAACCCACUCCGAGCUGCUAAAGUUCCACGUGUACAGCUUGUGCCUGCAGAACGACCGCAGCCUCAUGAGCUUCUUCUCCCUGUGCAAGGAGAAGGAAGCUAGUUACAUUUUGGAAAACAAGCCCGAGCUCAGUCACCACAUUCUGUUAAGCCUGUGUCUUGUCCUCAUCGACUUGGAGGCCUUCUACAAAGAGAUACCCCUAACCAGCACCGAUUUUUAUUUCAAAAAUUUGAUUAACUUUGUGACCAUUUAUUUUUUGUUCCUUGUGCGGUUCGCGGACGCCUUCAUCAGGUACUUCGUGUGCGUCUGGGAGGGGCGCAGGGGAGAAGCGGGUGAAGGUGCCGCUAAUGAAGUUGCCACAAAUGAAGUUUCCGCGGAUGAUGCCUCCUCCUGUGAAGGGGACCCCCCCGUUGACAAGGAGCAAAUCUUCCGGUGCAGAAACAUAUACCCCCCACAGGCAUACCACAACGAUGUAGCGAACGCAGAAGAGGAAGAAGAAAAAAAAAAAAAAAAAAAAACUUGGAAAUGCACAGCCAAGUGGAUAUACCAAAGCGUCACAUUUGACGGUGGCGAGUUUCAACACCUCCUGAUGGAGAGGAAGAAGUUGAUGAGGAUGGAAUUCGACCAGUUUAUAGAAAGCAUAAUAAAGAAGCACAAAUUCGAGGCAGCCAAAAAAAGCGAAAUAAAUUUCCUCUUCACCCUAGUGGGAAUUUUAGACAACAUGAAAAAGGAGGGAGUGUCAAAAGUGUACACCGUAAUUGUGGACGUGUAUAAAGAAGCUCAUGCGUUGGUGAAUGAGCGGAAGAGGAUUAGCCUCCGCUGCACGUUUGAGGAUCUCAUAUAUGAGGAUGCGUAUCCCUUUUGUAAAGCGGGGGAGGGGAACGAAGGCCCAGCUGAUGCUUACGCCGAUGAGGAAACGCACUCGAAGGGGCUGCCGCCCAUCAAGCAGAGGCAUCUGAACCCAGCUGCAACCUCCGCGCACUACACGCUCGAAGGGGCGGAUGAUCAGGAUGAUCGCUUGAGGGGGCUGGAACACUUGCCCACGCAGGAAGGUGCAGAAACGGAUGAGGAAGGAGGGCUCCACUCGGUGUUCAUUCACAGGGAGGAGGAACAACAAGACAAAAUGAAGAAUCGUACCUUUAGCUCGGGGCACUCUGGUGAGCAGAACGAUGUGCGGGAUGAUGGCCAUCUUCUUCUCCUCAAAAGGAGCGCGAGCUUCAUUGCUAGCGAGGGGGACGAACCAGGGGAGGCUGGACACGACGCCAUUUCGGGCCAUACAGGUGGAGAAGUCGAACGGGGAAAGGCAACCAGGUUGGCGGUCGAAGGAGACACCCUAGCAGGGGAGGACCCCUCGAAAGGGACCAACUCGGACGAAUUCCGCUCCGAUGACGACUAUGAAAACAGCCAGGAUGACACGAACAAGCACACCGUCGGCAUUCGCAACUUUGCAAAAUUUAAAUUCCUCGAAAAAAGAAACGAGCUAAUGAACGCCUUCGUUUCGUACUACUUAAAUAAAAUGUCGCGAAGUGUAAGGGAAUUCAUCCAAAGGGAGAAAUGGACUGAAGGGGAGAAGACCAAACUAGUGAGCAGAAAUUUUAUAUACCUCUUGAAUAACAUUAUCGCGGUUCAUUCCCACCUGGCGUCCUUCUUGGAGAGCAAGGCGAUUAGUGCAGCUGCUACUGGAGCUGGAGCUGCUUCUGGCCACGCGGACCAUUUUAAUGACGUGAAGGGCAAAAUAGGGGAGGCGCUGGAGCGGGUGUGCAAGGAGUACGCAAAGGGGAAGAGGGGAAGGACCUCUUCGGAGCUGCAAGCAGGGGGGGACAAUCAUGACGGGGGCGGAAGCCGAAGCGACCUGGCCAGCACCCAGCAGAAAGAAACCCACGAUGAGAAAAACCUAGAAAUGUACAUGUACAAAUUGUACAUGUGCAAAAUGAAGAACUACAAAAGAAAUUUGCACUUGGAAAACAAAAAAAUUAUUCUCAUGAUAAUCAAAAUUUUGUUUAAAAAUUACAGCGAAUAUGUGCGCGACUUACAUUUUAAUGAGUACGGUUUUGAAAUGUUAAGAGUUAAUUUUUUUUUCUUCUUUCACUGUCUGAAGGUUUUUGUUCCCCUGGAUGAUGAGCAUGUGUUGUUCGUAAUUCUAAAUGAAGUCUUAAUCAGCGCAUAUGAGCGCUCCACGAACUUCACCCCCUCCAGUGCAGGGGGGAAUUCCCUAUAUCAGGCCUACCUACUAAACGAAAUUGACUGUGAUGUGGGGGCCAAUAGGGAUUUUAUAAUGAACAGCUUGAGGAGGGUAUAG